UGUCGGGACGUGAAGAUGGCGACGGGAGACUGAGGCCAGAGUGUUUUGGUUUUUUUUGCCCUCUUAAUUUCUGUCUGAGGAAGGGCGGUAAAUGCUUUUGACGCCACAGUGUUUAUAUUUAGAGUGAAAAAAGCAAGACAAAAUGUCUCGACAUCGCAAUGUCCGUGGUUAUAACUACGACGAAGAUUUUGAAGAUGAUGAUGUUUAUGGGCAGUCAGUUGAAGAUGAUUACUGCAUUUCACCUGCUACAGCUGCUGAAUUUAUCUACUCCAGACGUGACAAACCAUCUUCAUUCACUGAACCCUUGGAGGAGGAAGAAUUUGAGGAAGAGGAGUCUUCCUUGGAGUUUGUGUCACAGCAUCAAGACAAGCUUAGUGGAUUUGAUCAAGCUCGACUGUAUUCAUGCCUUGACAAUAUGCGAGAAGUCCUUGGUGACUCUAUCCCGGAUCCUAUUCUUGUGAAUGCAGCUCUUCAGUCCAACUUUGACCCACAAAAAGCUUUGGACGCUGUACUUACAGAAGGUGGGCAGAAGUCAAGUGCCCGAAACCAAGACAGCGCCUCAGCAGAGAAGUCUGCCAAAGGCUGUCUGGUUGAACAUGUAGUUUCUAUUAAAUCGGACAACAUUAUGGGAAUACAAGGAAGAACAAGAGAUGCUCCUUUGAGUAAGCCGGAUACAGAAAUUGUGCCAAAAGUUGCUAGAAUGACUGUGUCUGGAAAAAAGCAAACAAUGGGCUUUGAUGUUCCAAGCUCAGAAGAAAAUGGUCAGUUGGGAGCAUUUCGCAAAGGGCCAUUGACGGAAGAUACUGCCUCAAUGUCCAUCCUUACAGAGCCACAAUCCAAAGCAAAUGUUUCCCCACCACCUGCCCAAAAUCUCACUGAGGAACUCCCUGGUCAGCCUACGCCUACAAAAACAGCCAGCAAAAACAAGCAACAAAUUAAUGUCAAAGCAGAACUAGAGAAGAGACAAGGAGGAAAGCCACUAUUAAACCUUGUUGUUAUCGGACAUGUGGAUGCUGGGAAAAGCACUUUAAUGGGUCACCUCUUGUAUUUGUUGGGUAAUGUUAACAAAAGAACAAUGCACAAGUAUGAACAAGAAUCUAAGAAAGCAGGGAAAGCCUCCUUUGCAUACGCUUGGGUUUUGGAUGAGACUGGUGAAGAGAGAGACAGGGGUGUAACUAUGGAUGUUGGAAUGACAAAGUUUGAAACCAAGACUAAAGUGAUAACACUAAUGGAUGCACCAGGACAUAAAGACUUCAUUCCCAAUAUGAUAACUGGAGCUGCUCAGGCUGAUGUGGCAGUACUUGUGGUCGAUGCCAGCCGUGGGGAGUUUGAAGCUGGUUUCGAGUCAGGGGGACAGACGAGGGAACAUGGUCUACUUGUUCGAUCUCUUGGUGUCACCCAGCUGGUAGUUGCUGUCAACAAAAUGGAUCAGGUGAAUUGGCAGCAGGACAGGUUUCAGGAAAUUUCCACAAAGCUUGGGCAGUUCUUGAAGCAAGCUGGCUUCAAGGAGUCGGAUGUGUCUUAUGUUCCUACCAGCGGUCUAUCAGGAGAGAAUUUAACAUCUAAGAGCAAAGAACCUGAACUCCUCAAAUGGUACAAAGGAUCCUGUCUUUUAGAGCAGAUUGAUUGCUUCAAGCCUCCACAAAGACCUGUGGAUAAACCAUUUAGAUUGUGUGUUUCCGAUGUAUUUAAAGAUCAAGGGUCUGGCUUCUGCAUAACAGGCAAGAUCGAAGCAGGUUAUGUGCAAACUGGAGAUCGAAUUUUAGCAAUGCCGCCUAAUGAAACCUGCACUGUAAAAGGAAUUUCAUUACAUGAUGAGCCAAUCGACUGGGCAGCAGCCGGAGAUCAUGUUAGUCUCACUGUGACUGGCAUGGAUAUAAUCAAAAUCAAUGUUGGGUGUGUAUUUUGUGAUCCUAAAGAACCCAUUAAAGUAUGUACUCGAUUCCAAGCAAGGAUUCUUCUGUUCAAUAUAGAAGUUCCCAUAACAAAAGGAUUUCCUGUGUUACUGCAUUUUCAAACUGUCACUGAACCUGCAACCAUAAGAAAAUUAGUAAGCAUCCUUCACAAAAGUACUGGAGAAGUGCUGAAGAAAAAACCAAAAUGCCUGACUAAAGGGCAGAAUGCAUUGAUAGAAAUUCAGACCCAAAGACCAGUUGCACUUGAACUUUAUAAAGAUUUCAAAGAACUGGGUCGCUUCAUGCUACGUUACGUUGGAUCCACCAUUGCUGCAGGUGUUGUCACAGAGAUCAAGGAGUGAUCAUGACAUCUGUUACUCCAGUUCCAUGAAACAACUUCACAGCUUUUAAACAUGCAAGAGCUGAAAUAGGCAAAAGUGCAAUUUCAGACCUCUCUGACAUGAACUUCCACCGUAAUUUCCUCCAGUAGUGAUGCACUGCCUCUCUCAUUUCCAUGGAGUUUAACCAGAAUGACCUCAGUGUGUGGCAUUUGUUUGCACAUGAACUUAUUUUUUUUUUUUUUUAUUUUCCAAGAAGCCCAUUGAAAGUGAGCUACAUCGAGUCCAUCCAUGGUUUAAAAAGAAACACUUUACUUUUAUGUGCUGCUACUACCAGAGCUUCCAUUAUCAUGUUUUACGUUUUCUUUAAAGGGAGAGGUGGGGAGUGGUGAGUAGCAGUAUGGUUGGUUGAUGAAGGUGCAAAUGAAAUUAAAAGAAGAAUAUAUAGUGCAGUGAAUAAGCGGUCCUCAAAUGUUACUUGAAUGUGGACAUUUCUCUUCAGAAUGUUACAUUUAAAGGGCAGGCUAAAUGACUUGGAGUGAGGUGAGAACAGACUGCAAAUAGUCUAUUUGCAUUAACUGUCCAAGAUGAGGCUUAAGUUGCCUUUAAAUUCAAAUCAAAAAUAAAUAAAAUUCUUUGGUUGAAGCAUCACCAGAAAUGCUUGCUUUCAUCAGCUUGCCUUUGCACUGUUUU